AUGCUCAAUGGGAACGUGACCAUCACCGGCUAUCUAUCCGUUCUAAUGCUCUACCUCAUCUUUUCUUUUCUGAAGUUUAUCUUCCAAUCGUUCAGCAUUCGGUCUCAACAGAACGGUGAUGACCUCGGGGCGGGUUCACCGACGGUAUUGGGGAAACUUUUUCUAGGGAAUCCGCCGACGCCUCGGGUUCUGCCGUUUCACCUGCGCUAUGCUUACAUCGUCGCGAAGAGUAUCGAGGCUUUCUUCAUCAGCGUCUCUCCAUGUUAUUCAUUAGAGAAGCUGGAGAAGGGACUACAACGCGACGGCAUCGUACGGAAUGGACCAAGACCAAAUGGCGAGGCCACAGGGUAA